AUGAUUAUUUCUGGAUCAAUUGGACAAAAUCUUCUACCAUGCAUACGUGAUGUCCAUCAACUUGAUUCAAUUUAUAUUUAUUGUAGUAAUAAAGAAUAUCAUGAACAGUCGGCACGAAAAUGGUCAAAGAUCAAAGGUGUUUUUACCGAUAUUACAUCAAUCUGCGACGCUCUUCGACAAAGAACGCAUCAAUGUCAACAAAAUGAUAUAUCGAUGAGUUUUAUCGCAACGAAACAAAGAGUAGAUCAAUUGGAUCCAUCUUUUAUGUAUACACAAAUCAUCAAAGAAAUCAUGUUGACCAUUCAUUUUGAAGACAAACAUAUCAAAGAGUUUAUUGAACAUUGUCCUAAUGCAUUUGGCACUGAUAAGAAAGAGUCAUAUGAUGCAGAACAAUUGUCACAUCAAUACCAUGAAAAGACACCUAUAUGA